AUGUCCUAUGAGUGGACAUCACAACCCUUAUCAAUACAAGCUAUUGCUGCUCAAUAUACUUUACCAGUAGCUAUUCGAUCAGCACCUGGCUUUCGUGGAUCAAGCCAUCCGAUUAUUUUGCACUCAAUAGCUCGUACUACAUUUGGAUUUGGACGUGCUUUAAGAGUUACGCAAUCAACAACAAAAGAAUAUGCGUCAUACAGACCAAUCGAUUCAGAAUUAUUAGCUGUACCUUUAAAAUAUCCUGGAUACUUCGAAUGUUUACCAUCACGGAAUAAUCGACAACAAAUUGGUAUUGCGCCAGAAACUAAUAUUCGUUCAAUUGUUGAACAAAUGCAAAUUGAUCAUCGACCACAGGCAUUUUAUAUGGUAUCACCCAUGCGUGUUUAUACAGUUGAGGCUAAUGAGGAAGGAAUUGCAAAUCGUACAUGGCAUCAAAUUGAAGCUAAUCAAGUAAUUUUAUUCGAUAAACUUGUUCAUGUUGAAUAUACUCCAACAGUUAAUGAUGAUUUAACAGAUGAAGAUUAUGCUUUUUCAUGGUGGUUUUGUUUGGGUAAACACAUUUUAAAUCGAAAUGAAUAUGCAUUAAAAUGUAUCUUAAUGAAUCAACAAGUAUGUUAUAUUCCAUGUUCAUCGACAGAUGAAAUCAAUUUAAUACCUGUCGGACAACGUGGAUCAAGUAAUGUAAAUAAAUUACAGGCGAUUCAUAAUCUUAUUGAACAAUUUCCAAUGCCUCUCAAUAUUAAAUUAGCUCAAUUACCUGGGUCAUAUGCAUAUAAAGAUUUUAAUGGUAAUUUACAAUUACGUGGUUCACGUACUGAAGAAUUUGCUGUAUGUGCAUCAUUAUCAACAUCAAAUAUUGCUGCUAUUCCAACAAAUACACCACUUAAAUUUGUUGUUGCACCAUUAUCAUCAUCAUCAUCACAAAUUCGAAAUAUUCUAUCAAGUUGUCAAAUAUUUGUUCAAUCAUUUGAUAUGCAAAUUCGUCGUAUUCUUGUAUCAACUCAUCAUGAUACAACAUCACAUCGUACUCGUUCACGACAUCCAAAAAUUCAAGCAGCAAUUGAUGAUCAAUUUAAACGUUAUAAACGAUCACAUAGUGUUGAACAAAAUUCAACUAUAAAAGAUGAUCAAACAACAACAGCAACUACAACUGAUGAAGGUUAUCGUUCAGGUUCAUCAGCAGCUAAAAAACGACAAAAUUACAAACAACAAAGGGCGGCCAGUGUUGAUCCAGGAAAUCAAGCACAGCAUGUUCCACGUAAAAGAACAUUAUCAACUGAUGAUGAUACGAUAUAUAAUUCACUUGUUCAUCCUGUUCGAACCAAAAAAGAAUCAUCAUCUCCACCUCCACCUGCCGUACCAAAAAAACCACCGAAUUUUCCUUAUCCAUCAACAACAUUUACUUAUAAUAGUGGAAGUCAUCUAAUUGAAGAGAUUAAUUCAGCGGAUGCGGAUGGUGCUAUUUUAAUGGAUGCAUCAAACGAACUAUUUUUAGCUUUACCAUCCGAUAGUCGAUUUACAUAA